ACCAGUGCUACCAUACCGUGCUUUUUUAAAAACCUCUAGACCGAUAAUCCCCUAAAUCCGCGAUGAUCAUUAAAAGCGAAACGUCAAAGUGAGAUCAGAGCUUCUUCCACAGCUGCCCCUUCACACCUCAACCUCAGCGUCGUGUCGGUAACUCCAGCCCGCUUCUGUGCGUCCUGGUCCCACCACCACAGCAGCGAUGCCUCCCGGUGUUGUGACCGCGCGUCGGGGCUCAUCAGCCGGCUGCUUCUGCGCCUGCUGCGGGGUAAAGAUGAGACCUUAUUUCACCGAGAACUCCGUGAUCUCUCAGGGGGAAAUUUAUCAGCUCAUCAGUGAAAGUUUCCUGACAGUUAAAGGAGCUGCUCUCUUCUUACCUCGAGGAAAUGGCUCCUCCACCUCUUCUGCCUCUCGCUUCUCACAGCUGCGCAGCAAACAUGCAGGAGACAUCCAACAGCAUCUGCAAACCAUGUUUACUCUCCUCAGACCAGAGGACAACAUCAAACUGGCGGUUCGACUGGAGAGUGUCCACGCCCAGGUCACCCGCUACAUGGUGGUGGUUUCAACCAAUGGCCGUCAGGAUACAGAGGAGAGCGUGGUGCUGGGAAUGGAUUUCAGUCCUGUAGAUAGCUCAUGCUCUGUCGGGCUCGUUUUGCCCUUAUGGAGCGACACACUGAUACAUCUGGAUGGAGAUGGGGGUUUCAGUGUGUCAACUGAUAACAGAGUGCAUGUAUUCAAGCCCGUUUCUGUGCAGGCCAUGUGGUCGGCCCUCCAGUCGCUCCAUAAAGCAUGCGAGGUGGCUCGAUGUCACAACUACUUCCCAGGCAGCUUGUUCCUGACCUGGGUCAGCUACUAUCAAAGCAGGGUUUCCUCCGACCAGGUACGCAUCAAUGAGUGGAACGCCAUGCAGGACGUACAGUCGCACCGUGCCGAUUCGCCCGUGCUCUUCUCUGAUGUACCUACAGAAAGAGAACUGACAGAGCGUCAGAUCAAAACCAGUCUGAGGGAGAUCAUGAUGCAGAAAGACCUUGAAAAUGUCACCUGCAAAGAGAUCCGAACAGAGCUGGAAAUGCACAUGACAUGCAAUCUUCGGGAGUUCAAGGAGUUCAUCGACAAUGAGAUGAUUGUCAUUCUGGGCCAGAUGGACAGUCCGACGGAGAUCUUUGAUCAUGUCUUCUUGGGAUCUGAGUGGAAUGCAUCCAAUUUGGAGGAGUUGCAGAAAAGCGGGGUUCAGUACAUCCUGAAUGUAACAAGGGAGAUCGAUAACUUCUUUCCUGGUGUGUUCGAGUACCACAACAUCCGUGUUUACGAUGAGGAGGCCACUGACCUGCUUGCUUAUUGGAAUGACACCUACAAGUUUAUAUCUAGAGCCAAGAAAGCUGGAUCCAAGUGCCUGGUGCACUGCAAAAUGGGUAUAAGUCGCUCUGCUGCCACAGUGAUCGCAUACGCCAUGAAGGAGUACGGUUGGGAUUUGAAUAAAGCUUUUGAUUAUGUCAAGGAGCGUCGAGCUGUGACCAAACCGAACCCCUCCUUUAUGAGACAGCUGGAGGAGUAUCAGGGUAUACUGCUGGCAAGUAAGCAGAGGCACAACAAACUGUGGCGUUCUCACUCUGACAGUGACCUGUCUGACCACCAUGAGCCACUGUCUAAAUCUUGUGCCCAACCGCACAGCCUAGGUCACUCUGAUCCCCAUAAUCAGGCCAGCAACACGCCUGGUCCCUCUGUGAAAGAACUGCUGGAAUCACUGGGAACUUUGGCCAGUAGUGGCAAAGCAGCACACUCCACCAGCCAGCCUGAUACUGGCAUCCAGUCCAAUCAGCUCAGCUCUUUAUCCUAUGAGGGAGUGGCAGCUAUAUCGGGCGACGCUGGAGCUCGAAGCCUUGAGGCGCCUUCUCCCUCUGCUGUAGUCCAGAUCAGCCAGUUGGAUUCCCCUUGUCCUGAGUCUGCAGCUGGCUCUGUGUCUCAGUUAUCUCCCCCUCUCUCCAAUGGCUUGUGUGACUCUGAGGAGCAACCCCCAUCACCUCCUCUAUCCCAGCCAAGGGCUGCCACUCUGGUGCCUGAGCUUCAAAAGACAGAUAUGGCGACUGUUGCAGAGAGCAUUGUAGUGGGUCAGCCUCACCCACCUCCAUCCUUUCACCACCUCCCCCUCUCCCCUGCUCUGUCCCCAACUCCAGCCUGCAUGGAUGAGGCUAUCAAAUCUCAGACGUUGUCCUGCUCUCUUCCCAUGAUAAAACCCUUGCUUGUGUCAGUGCCUGAGCCCAUGACAGCACAAGCACCCAGCACACAACAGACUGGACCCCAGUGUCUGUCAGCACCAGUGCCUGUCAAAAAUCCAGACUCUGAUCAACAGAUGUGCAGCUUGUCUUUCAAUGGUUUAGCAGCCCAGCCUCCCUCCACUAGUGAUUUUACCCUUUACCCCAGUGCCACUCCUCAAGACAAUGUCGAGGUGGUGUUAGGCCACAGUGCUGAUCGCAUUAACUUUUUCAGUGCUAGGGAAAAGUUCAAGGGAAUGAGUGAAGAUGGUAAAAGCUGCCUGUUGAAGAGUUGUGGCAAGGAACAGCAACCACUGCCUCAGGAGGUCUCCACUAGUGAGGGGAAGGAUGAGGAGAAAGGAAAGGAAAUCUCUCCUGUGCAGGUCACAGGACCGAAAUCUGCAGUGCACUCACAGGCUUCAAGUCUUGGCCCUCUUAGCCGACCAGAGCCUGAGGGCCCCCUGGACCAGGAAUUGAGUAAACUGAGGCAGGAAAUAGAGGAUAGAGAUGUUUUAUCACAGAAGGAAGCUGAGAAUGUUAAAGAGGAAGUGAAAAACAAAGAGGAGGAGGAGGCAGCUCCUUCUGGUCUCUACAGCGACUGGACGAGGGGAUCCGUGCGGCGUGUUACACGACAGCUGGAGCAGAGAAUGAAACAGGAGCACGAGGCUCCAUCACCCUCCUCAUCUCCACCAUCCCACUCUGGCAACUCCUCUUGCUCUUUGCAGCGUCCAUCCAGUGUCCAUCUUGCUACAGUGUCCCAUUCCCAGGAUGCAUCAGUUUGUUUGCAGGUGUCAGUAGUUGGCAGCAUGCAGGAAGAGCAGGACAAAGAGGAGGAUGGGAAGGUUGGAGCAGUUAAAAGGGAGGGUAGUGAUGUGACUGACAUGAGGACAGUAGGAAAUAAUGAUGGAAGCACAAAAGGACACAAACUUAAGCCUGCUGAUACUAGAUUGCUCUCUACCUCUUCUUGCUUCCACCGCUCCUCCCAUUCCCCUUUUGCCUCUGUGAACUUCCUGUGUUUGGAGGGCGUGACAGAGCUUGAGUCAGGCACUGACUGGGACUGCCCCACAGAGGGACCCCAUGGUGACAUUAUCAUGAGGGAGACAUGGGAGACUUUGUGCGAGCUGGGUGCCUUCCUUCAGCAGGUGAGCAUGGGCGGUGCCUGCAAGGCCAAGUGUGUGGACCAGGUUUUUGGCCUCAGUUCUAGAACCAAUCAGAAUCGAGGUAGCAGUGCCCAGAAGAGGGUCCGCGAGGUGGAGGCAAGGAUUCGCCAGGCGGGACUGACCCCUCCUUCCCUGAUGAAGCGCUCGGCCUCUCUGGCCAAACUGGGCUGCCUGGAGCUUCUCGCCAAUGACCUGACCGAGUGGGAGCUCAGCCGAUCGUCUGCAGCUCCGUUCUCACCAGAAUCUCCGGUUAGCGAUGAGUCCAAGAAGCAGCGGGUCCACAGCUCUCACUCCUCAGCUGGCCAACAGCCAGAAGUCCACAAGACUGGUGCAGUGAGGCUUUCUGAAGCUGGUCAAAAUUCACCACCUCCAACAUCUCCACCAUCAAAUCAUAGUCCGCAAGGAGGACAACUCCCCAGCUCUGAUCUGGACUGUCUGCAUCUUCCUGGGCCAACACUUAAGACAACAAGGCAGCAAUAUGGCAGGACUCAUCCUCUGAGGCGGCUUAAGAAAAGAACUGCUAGUACCCUUUACCACACCAUGUAACCCUCACCGUGUGUGUGUCAGUAUGUGUGUGUGUUUGAGAUAGAGGGAUCACGUACGCCUGUGAGAAAUGGACGUGAAUGCAUAUGUUAGAUUUAUUCAGCAAAACAAAGCAAUGCCUCUUGCCUUAAAGGAUAUGUUAAGUACCUUGGGUAGAUUUUUUUCUCUUCAGCUCUGCCAAGAUCCCCUCUGAAAUCUGGCACGUGAGACACUUGUCUCAGUACAAGGACAGUGUCAAGGCUAUGAAGGCUCUGGUCAGUUAGAACUGGAGUAGUUGGAAGAAAUCUGACGUAGUAUAAACACUUCCAAGAAGACAUUCAGCAAGCAGAAAAAAUAAACAAGUAUGGGUUGAAUGUUAAUACGCCUGAGCCUGCACACAUUCACACAUCACUGCUGGUUUCUCCAUCAUCAACUUGAUAUUUACUUGAUCGCUGUUGGUUGUUUUCAAUAGUCGGACCUGAUGUAGCCUCUGUUUACCUUUCCUCAUGCUUUACUGUCUUCUCAUCAAUAUGUGCUGGUUGUGGGUGCUGGGUAGUUCAAUGAAAAUGAUACAGCUGUUCUUCUGGUUCAAUCUGACAAAUUAAUCAAUGAGUUCAGGAGUCAGACCUCUCAAAAUUGCAGAAAAAAUAAACUUGGACUCAUUUGGCAGAAGUGCUUUGUUCUGAAAAGUGACACCAAUCAACAUCAAUUCUGCUGUUUUAGAGACUGAUUUUAAACACGAGUUGAUGCGGUGCAGCUAAACACACGAGAGCUCAGGUUGAUCCACAGAUUGGUGUUUUUCCCCCCCAAAGAAAGGUGUAUCCAGAGGUGGUGAGAGGAAAGCUGCAUAGCUGUACUGCGGUUUAUUAGAUAAGAAUGCAAAGAGAAGAGCUAUGCUGGGGUUUAUUUAUGUUUGUUUUGACUACACAGUACCUCAGUCGAUCUGAACCCAAUCUGACCUGCACAAACGUCAGGCUCUGGAUUCCUGGAAUGUUCGAAAGAAUUUCAACUUUGAAGUGAACUCAUCUCACACUUCUGAUGCCACUCGAAAUAUUUUCUGUAUGCGUUACUGUGUGGGACAAAGGGGUAGGUCAGGGGAUUGGGAGUUGAAGGCAGAGUGUGUAUUUGUGGGGUUUUCUGCCAUGUUCUCUUGUAGGAUGUGGGAUGUAAAGGUCUACAUUGUGAGUGUUGACAUUUUAGGAGCUGUACAUGGUUUUAUAUCUGGUUUGUGUCUGUGCGUGAGUGGGGCUGUGUAGCACAACUUUACCAUGUGAGUGUGUACAUUUUUUUUCUGUUUUUAAAAAAUUCUUCAAAAAAGUCUUUUGUACACUUUUUUUUUUUAGUGUGUCUGUGACUGGCAAGUGAAGGUUCUCCACAGUCUAUCAGAAGUCUGUCUGUUUAGGGAGGUCUGUCAUACAUGCACUUUACUCCCUUUUUUUAUUUCAACAUGGCUUUCUUUAAUGUAUGGUUGCUACUCUUGGAGAGCAUCCUUAGGUAGUAGCAGCCAUUGGGUAUGUGUGUGUAUUGUCAAAACAUGUUUUGUUUUUUUUUAUUUUAAACUAUCAUUGUAAAUAGACUUUUAUAUCAUGUGCUUCAACUGUGACCAUUAAACAAUGGAAAUUA